AAAAAAAAGAAAGAGAAAAAAAAAGAAGAAAGAAAAAGCUCCGGACUUGAGCAGUGGCGCUUCUUGAGCUGAAAUCCGCGUGGUUCCAUCGAAUCGGAACUCGAAUAACGAAGUGCGGCAAGCUAUGGCGGCGCUUUCGCCGGCGCCGAAUAACAGCAACCAGAAGGCAGUGUCGUUGAGCGGUGGAGCAAACCCUCCAAAAUCGCAACGUGGUCAGAACAAGCCAAAGUGCAAGCAGUGCGGCAAUGUUGCUCGCUCUAGGUGUCCGUUCGAAUCAUGCAAGAGUUGCUGUUCAAGGAAUCAAAAUCCCUGCCAUAUUCACGUUUUGAAGACAAGUACAACUUUGCCUGACAAGGCACCAUCUUCCAGUGCUGCUCCAAUUGAGCAGCAAUCUGUAGAGCCAUCUCAAUCAUCAACGGCAAGUAGAGUUGCAUCACUUCGACAACUUUCCAACAGUUUUGCCCAGUUCAAUAAUUUGAACAUUUCAUUUCGCUCAAGGAAACCACUAACUAGAAAGGAUGCUGCAGCUAUAAAUGAAUGGAGAUUUUCAAAGUUAAAGGAAUACAAGGAACGAAAUAUUGAACUGGAAAAUGAAACAUUUGACAGAUACAUGCAGAAUAUAGAUCUACUAGAGGAAGUAUUGGCAGUUAAGUCUAUGGAAGACAAUGUGUCUUCUGAGUCGGAGUCAAACGCUUCAUCAAUGGAGGUAAACAAUGAUCUAAUGAUAACAAAGCUAAAAUUGCAAAUACGAUCCAACUCCGUGGGAAGUGACGCUGCAAGAAUGAGAAUGCAACAAAUUGUAGACAGGGGACUAAAGAAGCUUAAGAUGUCUGCAGUCAAUGGUGCCGCCACUGAAGCACUUAGUGAAGAUCCCAAUAACACUUCAGGAGCAGCGAAAAGUUUGAGGACUGAAAGGUUGUCUGCUAUAAGCGAUCUUAUUGAUAAAAUUAACAAAGCCCGAAGUGAGGAGGAUUUGAAGUCAUGCUUGGAGAUAAAGUCCCAACUCUUCAAUAUGGAUGGGGGCUCCAGCAUAGUAGACCCUCAACCUCAAGACAACGAGACACAUGGAAAAGAAAUUGAUCAAGGUGAUUCAACAUCAGGAGAAGAAUUGGAAUAUUCUUUACCAAAAUUGGUUGGAACUACUGAUAUUGAUCAAGAAACUCUAAACACCAUCGACAAUCAUUUUUCUUCCCUUGAGUAUUUAGAGUUAUGAGGUUCUUGAUAUCAAUAUAAAUUUAUAUGUUCUGUUGUUUUAGUGAGUCUUGAUUAUACAAUGACAGAAUGCAGCUUCCACAUUUUGUAUCAGACAGCAAUAUUUAUUUAUAUAUAAUUGUUCUUGCUAUAUUUUGUGCAAGUUAUUCUUAUAAUCUUAUC